AUGGGCAAGAAGCACAAAAAGCACAAGUCCGAAAAACAUGCAUAUGAAGAAUACGGAGACAGACCGCUGAAGCUGGUGUUAAAGGUGUCCGGGAACGAAGUCACGACCGGAAGUUCCAGUCUGGACACUUUUUAUGAGGAGCAACCCGCGGACAGCGACAAACCCAAAGACAAGAAGAAGAAAAAGAAGAAAGAUAAAGACAGGAGCUUCGGCUCUCCAGAGGAAGACAGAGGGAAGAAAAAGAUGACUAAAAAGAAGAAGGGACACGAUGCAGAUGGGGAAGAAGACAGAGAGCAGAGCAGAACUCCUAUUCGUUCAGAGCUGGAUAAACUGGAAGAAAAAGAGCAGACACCUCUGCAGGAAGCUUUGAAUCAGCUCAUCAGGCAGCUUCAAAGGAAAGACCCCAAUGCAUUCUUUGCAUUUCCGGUGACCGACCUCAUUGCACCUGGUUACUCUUCAAUUAUUAAACGCCCGAUGGACUUCAGUACAAUGAAGGACAAAGUCAAGAAAGAGUUCUAUCAGUCAUUGGACGAACUCAAAGUAGACUUCAGAAUUAUGUGUGAGAAUGCCAUGAUUUACAACAAACCAGAGACAAUCUACCAUAAGGCAGCUCGAAAACUGUUACACUCUGGAAUGAAGAUCCUGAGCCAGGAGAGGCUGGACAGUCUAAAGCAGAGCAUAGAUUUUAUGUCUGGCCUUGGUGGCUUUGCCAAACAACCGGUGAAGUCAGAGGACCAAGGAGUCACCAGCUCAGACCAGAGCAAGGAGGGAGCCAUGACUGCAGGGAGCAGCGAGCGCUCCCAGACGCCCAGCACUCCAAGAGACAAAGACAAAGACUCCAAGGACGAGGCGGCAAAGGCCGAGAAAGAGCUGGAGGAAAUCCGCAAGGUCAUUGAGGAGUCUGGAGGAAAGCUGUCGAACAGAGUGGUGCAGUGCGAUUUGGAGUUUGCAAGGCGGAAGUCCGAUGGCUCCACGACUCUCGCCGUCCUCAACCCAGCCGAUCCRUCACCUGGGGACGUUGGCUACUGUCCGGUGAAACUGGUCAUGAUGUCCAAUCGGCUGCAGAACGGCGUGAACAGCCUGCAGAGCUUCAGGGAGGACAAAAGGAACAGAGUUACUCCAGUGUCCUACUUGAGCUACGGCCCGUUCACAUCCUACGCACCGGCGUACGACUCCAGCUUCGCCAACGUCAGCAAGGACGACUCAGACCUCAUCUACUCGUUCUAUGGAGAAGAGUCCAGUCUGCAGGGCUCAGACAGCUUGUCGGAGUUCCUAGCCAAAUCUGAUGAGUACGUGUACAAAAUGGGUGACAGUCUUCUGGAUGCGAUGACCAACGGAGAACAUUCAAGAUGUCUAAAGGAAACCGAGGCUCAGCCAGAGGAGCCAGGAAGCAGACAGGAGAAGAAGAGUGGCGUGGAGGUAGCCGAGGACAACUCAUCCGCCAAGCUGGACGUCCCUCGUUCUGCUGAAAGCCUGGAUGUGGCUGAGCAACUCUCUGGGGACGCCCUGCACUUCCAGCAGAAGUUGGACGAAACUACAAAGUUGCUGCGUAACUUGCAGGAAGUACAGAGGGAGCGCCUAAGUGCCAAGCAGCCGCCUAACAUGAUCUGCCUGCUGGCCCCGACUGCCAAGGAGCUGGAGCUGGCUGAGAAAGUUACAGGGAACCUGACGGAGCUGACUGGUCAAGUGGCCCCAUGUGACGUCAGCAGCAUCUACGGCAUCAGAAAGGCCAUGGGCAUCACCGUCCCCCCAGAGCUGCCUGAACCCCUCAUAGACCUCACAACAGUUCAUGAGACGAGUGAACCGAUGGAGACCUCAUCCACCUGUCCAGACGUGGGUCACCUUGUCGCAGURAAAUGACAUUCCAGCGAGCCUCAUUAAGUUUAUUAACCUAAGUUUUGUACAAACGGUGCUUUUUUUUGUCUGACUUUUGUGUGCAUUUCAAUCAAUAAACCUUUGUUUUUCUUA